AUGUCCACCGAGCAACCGACGGAGGUGAUCAGCCUUGAACCAUCCGCCAUCAUCGGCUUUGACGGUCAUGUCGUGUGCGGUCUUCGCGUUCAUCCCGACCAGCGGCACCUGGUGUUUCCGCUUGGGAACGAAAUUUCCAUCUACGAGCUUGAAACCAACAAGCAGACGUUUUUGCGCGGUCACACGAACACGAUCUCCACACUGGACAUCUCCACCAGUGGCCGAAUGGUGGCGUCCGGUCAAUCGAACCACAUGGGCUUCCGGGCGUACGUGAUCGUGUGGGACUGGGCCACACGAAAGGAAAUCUCACGCUACGAGCUGCACCGUGUCCGCGUGCAGUCACUGUGCUUCUCCUCGAACGAUCAGUUCCUCGUCAGUCUAGGUGGCAAGGACUGUGGAUCGAUCAUUGUGUGGGACAUUGAACAGCGGACGGCCAUUUGUGGAACGAUUGCUACCAAGGAGACGACAGGCGAUGCAACGAAGGUAUGCAGUCUCAACAAACGCUUCACAACGUUCGUCUCGGGUGGGGACCAAAACUUGCGCGUCUGGAACAUUGACCGCGAGCGCAAAAGGCUGACGGUGCAGGAUGUGGCGGUUGGUAAGCUGCGCCGAGAGUUUACCGGAAUGCGCAUAUCACCGAACGAUGACACACUGUAUGUCGGCACGAUGAGUGGUGACAUUGUGAAGAUUAAUCUGAACUGCAACCCGAACCCGAGUGUGCCGUCACAGGACAAGAUGCCAGUACUGCUCGGUUGCUUCGGAAAGCAUAACGCCCGAAAGCCACCUCUGAAGGACUGCGAAAAGUACCACUACGGCGUGCGCGAUUUGUUGCUUCUCCCCGACGGGAAACUGAUAAUCGGGGCCGGCGACGGAACGAUUGAUCUGGUGCAGGAGCGUAACUGUAAUUUCAAAAAUUACCGAGGGCCAACGUGGCCCGAGUUAAAAUCGCUUCAUUCGACGAAAAUCGAUGGUGUCGUUACAUCGCUGCAGAUUGUUCACGGAAAAACACUGCUCAUCGGAACCAACGGGUGUGAGAUCUAUUCGCUUGAUUUGGCAAACUUUUCGUCCAGUCUGCGGCUGUUGAAAACGUGCCACACGAACGCAGUCUACGACAUUGCCUUUCCGUACAACUUUUCGCUGGUAUUUGCCACGGCAAGUCACGAAUCGAUUCGCAUCUGGUCAACAUCGAAGAUGCAGGAGCUGCUGCGCAUCGUGGUGCCGAACUUUGCAUCCUCUUCGAUCGUCUUUAGCCGCGAUGGUAAGAGUAUCAUCUCGGCCUGGAACGACGGUGUGAUCCGCGCGUUCACACCUCUUUCCGGCAAGCUGAUCUACGCCAUUCCGAACGCACACAACAAGGGCUGCUCGUCGGUGGCCGUCACGAGCAACGGCAAGAUUGUCGUAAGCGGUGGAAUCGAAGGGCAGGUGCGGGUCUGGAAGAUCGAUCCUUACGUGCAGAGUUUGAUCGGUGUGCUCAAGGAGCACUAUGGGCCGAUCGAAUCGGUUCACAUCAACAGCUACGAUACGGAGGUGGUUUCCGCUUCACGAGACGGUUCCUGCGUCAUCUGGGACCUUCUGAGGCUUACACGCAAGCAUGUGAUCUUUGCACACACCCAAUUCAUCGCCGCCCAGUACUUUCCGACCGGUGUGCAAAUUCUAACGGCCGGCUCGGACAAACUGAUCGGAUAUUGGGAAGCGUACGAUGGAAGUCUGGUGCGAGAAGUCGAAGGUUCCAAGUCCGGACCGAUCAACGCCAUCGAUAUGAAUAUGAUUGGCGAAUAUUUUGUGUCGGCCGGCACGGACCAAAUCGUCCGGUUGUGGAACUAUCAGCAUGGGGUCGAAGUUGCUGUCGGUAUCGGACACGCGAGUGCGAUAACUUCCGCACGUUACAGCCCAAAUGGAAAGUUUCUCGUUACUGGAUCCAACGAUGGUGGAAUAUUUGUAUGGAAGGUUCCCGAGAAAUUUCACAUGAAAAUACCCGAUGACAUUCUCUCGACUACGAACGCGGACCAACCGAAGCCAUCCAGCAGAGCGUCGAACAUUUCUCAGCCGACUCCGGGUGGGUCACGCGAGGCGUCAUCGCGCAAAAGCGGAACUCCGCUUUCGACGGGCAGUCGUACCAUGCGCCCAACAAAUGGCAAUGAAAACGUACGCCAGCUCGAGUCCGGGCGCUUUAAGCGGUCCAGCAGCCAGAUUACCGAAUGCCCUGCCGUCGAUCCUAAAGCCCAACCAACGGUCGACCCAUGCGUUGAUACGGCCUCGCUGGCGGACAAUCAGGAAUCCUGUGAAACACGGUCAGUGGCGCAAUCCGUCAGCCAGAUGCGCCUAGCGUCCGGGGAUCAAUCGGUGGCCAGAAAGGAAUCGAAGGAACACAGACCAUAA